ACCUCAAUCCUGCUCUUUUCCUUUCACGAAAGCUUUGAUUGACUGCGACGCUAGUAUCACCCCCGUUUAGGAACAUUGGAACCAAGUCCGACCGUAGGUUAUCAUAAAGCUUAUCCGUUCUCCGAGAGGAACAUGCCGCUGUCACCCGAAAUCCAGGACUUCAUUCAUGGGUUUAAAAACCGCUGGGACCCGUCUGUGAAUGCAGCGUGCGAGCGGUUCUUCGAAACAUGCCAUGCAUCCCUUCCUCCUUCUAAUGCGGAGCCAUCGAUUGCAUGUGAGAAAGAUGUCAAGUACGGGCCAGAUCCGCGACACCGGUUGGAUAUCUUCUGGCCCACAAAUGCAUCUACAACAAACGUGACCCUCCCCGUUGUCGUCUAUUUCCACGGCGGUGCGUUCAAAGCGGGCGAUAACACCAUCACACCGCACAUGCAUGGCAAUAUCGGUGAGUUCUUUGCCGCCAACGGCAUGAUCGGAGUCCUUGGAACAUAUCGCCUCCUACCAGAAGCUCGGUUUCCAGACGGCCAGGAAGACGUCACCGCUGCCCUGACUUGGCUGCACAACCACGUCCAACAAUACGGAGGCGACCGGAAUUCCAUUUUCGCGCUCGGGCAAAGUGCCGGCGGCGGGAGCCUGGUGCGUGGGGUUUUGCUCCUAAGCGCCGCGUUGGACUAUGAUCUGGGGAAGGAGGAUCGGCGCAGAAACAUGGAGGCGUACUAUGGAACGAAUGACCAUGAUUUCAUCCACGCUCAUUCAGCUCUUGGUACUUUUAAAAGCUUGUCUGAUGAGGAAAAUGCGGCUGGCAGGACAACCCCCAAGCUUUUAAUCAUGCUAGCGGAGUGGGAUUUCGAGGAGUGUGUCCGGGGUAAUUUCGAUUUCCUGCAGGCUUACAAUAAGCAGCAGCGUCGUCUUCCGCGGUUUGAGGUACUGUUAGGACACAACCAUGUCAGCUACUGUUUGUCUAUUGGGCUGCCGGGUGAUGAGGUUGGUCCGAAGAUCGUGGAGUGGGUGAGGCAGUGUCUGGAGAAGUGA